GCACUCUCAGUGGAGCCCAUUAAUAUUGCUUCCACAUUUUUGGAGUCAUUUGGUUUCCCUCCAUUGGAAACAAACUCGAUGGAAGGUUUGGAUGGGAGCAGCGAAGUGGAAAAUGAUUCGGAAAUGAAGCUCUUGAGAGAUAGAUUCAGGCUCUCCGCUAUCUCAAUCGCCGAAUCUCAAGCAAAACAAAACGGCAUCGAAGUUUCAAAAGUCGUAGUCUCAUGCGUCGCUGAUUUGGCCUUCAAAUAUGCGGAGCGAGUGGCUAAGGAUGUUCAGCUCUUUGCGCAGCAUGCGAAUCGUAAAUCUGUAAAUAUGGAAGAUGUCAUACUCUGUGGUCAUCGAAAUGAACAUCUCUCUGGCUUGUUGAGGACCUUCUCUAAUGAUUUAAAGACCAAAGAUCCUCAAUAUGAGAGGAAGCGAAAGAAAGACGCCAAAAAGAAUGACAAAACAACCAUUUAGUGCAUAUAUUUGCUGAAUACACGUCUUGUUGGUAUGGUAUGGUACUAUGUCUUGAAAUUUUGGCACCAAAUUCUAUAUAUAUGUAAUGGUAAUGCGAAC